CAGGACCCGCCCUCUGACCAGGGAGGCAGGUGAAAUGUGGCCCAACAGGUCUGAUGAGAGAACUGAAUGACACAGGGAGAGUCGAGAGUCAGGCAGAGAGCUCGCUGAGUGACUGACAAGCCUGUCAGCCCAGUGGAUUAGAUGAGCAGUCUGCUUGGAAUCAAGACAAUGGCAUUUCUUUGUUUGUUUUGCUGAGUGUGGGUCUGGAUUGUACCUCAGGGUCCUGUGGACUCCCACCACCAAAGCUACACCAGCAGCACUCCCAGCACUUCCAGCACCACCAGCAGCAGCAGCAGGUUAGACAGAGUGGAAUUUCCCUCCUCUCUCCCCACGGCUGGGGCUGGGGGCAUAUGGUCGCUCUCAGACUUUGAGCAGGACACAGGAAGGAGAGUGAGAGGAGAGGAAGGGUGGGAGGAGGGCUGGACAGGGGGAGAGUAAGAGAAGUGAGGAGUGGACAGAAGAGGAGACAUGCUUCGCUACGGUUCAGGACGAACUGUUUCCACCACCACAACAGAGGAAUCUCCCGACUCGGAGAGGAGGAUCAGACGUCUCAGGCUGACUCUCCAUGCGGGAGACAAUGGGAGCAACGAGCCAAAAACAACCAACUCAGACACAGCUCAGAGAGAGAAAGACGUCAGUGGCGCCUUGAAGAAGAAGAAUGGGCUGAUCCAAAGAGGGAGGCCAGCUGGCAGGGAGUCACCUCAGCAGCACCCUGGAGACACGACCAAUGGGGUGCCAGAGUCCUCGACGCAGCAUCAUGGGCCCAAAGUGUACGGCGUGGUGCAGCGGGCGGGCGCCGACAGACAGGAGGAGGUGAUGGCGCGAGAGUGGACGGUCACUCACCUGAACGAUGAGAUGAAGUACAUCAAGGAGGUGAGAGAUUCUCUGGAGAAGGUGAGAGAGAGGAUGUACGGUCAGUUUGGAGGAAUGCAGCAAUCCAUGCAGAAGCUUUCACAGGAAAUCAGGUCUGCAAACUCACAUCGCAGGAGUCUGGAGUCAGAGGUGAGGGUCCGGACGGAGGCCAUGGACAGCUUCGAUCAGAUGAACAGCUCCCUCAUCACUGACAACAUCACCCUGCAGUCUCCUUUGCAGAAAUCCAUUCUGGAGAACUGUCAGAGCCGACUGGACACCAGAGAGGAGGUGAAGAGCUUGCGGAGCAACUGUGAGAAAACACAAGAGAAGCUCAGGGACAAAGAGAGGGAGCUGGCCGCUGCGCAGGUGGAAAACCAGACUCUGAGGCUGCAGGUGGAGUCUUCGCAGGAGGCCAACGUUCAGGCGCUGCAGGAGCUCUCCGAGAAGCUGCAGAGGGAGCACGAUGAGAAGCUUCUGGAAGAACAACGGAGGCACAGGGAGGAGAUUGAAAACCUACAGGCGCAACUGGAUGAGUACAUCAGGCGACUGGAGGACGCAGAGAGACACAUCAGGACUGCAGAGGCCAAGAUCAGUGAGAGGGACCAGAGGAUCAUUGAGCUGGAGCGUCUGCUGGACUGUAUGAGCAAGGAAAAGAGUCAACUCAACAAGAAGCUUCAGGAGUGUGAACAGUGCCUCCGCCUGGUGGAGCUGAAAGACACAACUGACUCGACUGUGUCUAAGAGGUCCAAAGAGCUGCAGGACGAAGCAGGGGAUCUCCGAGAGAGAAUCAAACACUUGAACGACAUGGUGUUCUGCCAGCAGAGGAAAGUCAAAGGAAUGAUCGAGGAGGUUCAAACUCUACGAGCUCAAGUCGCCCAGAAGGACAUGUUCAUCUCCGAGCUUCUGGACAGAAUAGCAAUAGUGGAGUGUGAGAAUAAUGAGUUAGAAGACAAGCUGAAGUAUUUUAUGUCCACACAGAAUAGGCCUCGAGAGGCUUUGGAAACCAGGGAGAUCGGAGUAGGCUGCGAUCUGCUCCCCAGACGUGAAGUACAGAGUCAUGACACGCUCCAACCAACUCAUCUCCAUCCAAAUCAACUCCCACCACUCGCUCUGCCGCCGCCAUCAAUGAAACCUCCAUCAGCCACAAACCCCUUAUUACCCUCACAACCUCUGUCACCCUUCCAACCUCUGUCACCAACACAACCUCUGUCACCCUUCCAACCUCUGUCACCAACACAACCUCUGUCACCCACACAACCUCUGUCACCAACACAACCUCUCUCACCCUUUCAACCUCUGUCACCAACACAACCUCCAUCACCCACACAACCUCUGUCACCCACACAGCUUCCACCCCCCCUCCAGCCCUCAUCCUCAACACAACCUCUGCCCUCCACGCAACCUUUACCCCCUCCACCUCCCGUUCAGCAUCCAUCGUUCUAUCUGACAAUGCCCUCCCGACCGAGGACGUUCAGGCCUAGUAACCCUCCGCCCAGCAGGCUGGAGUCUAGUUUACUGAGAUACACUCCUGUCGAAUACAGCCGCACCCUGGUGUCCUCCCCCCCGGCGCAGAGUGGGACGUACCCCUACAACCGCCCAGCUGAGCCUGAGACGCCGGUGAGCCCCGGGAGAGACGAGGUGGACACUACAACGAACACAGACGCAAGCUCCAGUCCGGAGGAAUCCACGUCCUCCCAGCCGUCUCCUAGAGCUCGAUCGAAAGCAUCUGGAGUUUAUACACCGUUCAUGAGACUGAUGGAAAUCACAGCAAAUAUAAAAAUAGAACCAUCUUAAAACGAUAGUAAUAUUUAUAUAAGUUUGGGGAAAUAGCCUUUACCUCUUGCUUCGCUGAGUUACAUAAGAAGAUUGAGACCACUCCCGUUUUUAUAAUACCGAUGAUGCAGUAAAUUAGCUUAGCUUAGCAAUAAUGCUGAAGAAAAGGAAAACAGCUGCAGCUACGUUCUCACUACAGGCUCAACUGGCCUAAAUCACAGUUUUUUGUUCAGAUAUGAUGCAUGGCAGUUUUUCAGGACAGUCAUAUUAAUCAGUUGGUUCAGGACAGAGACCAGUUCACAAGGAUGUCUGAUCCCGAUCUCCAGCAUCUUUAAAGCUGAUUGGAGGCAGUGAAGUGUAAAGUUAUCAGUUAAACAGGAGUUAUCUCUGUUGCCAUUGCUCUCAAUCAAUAAUUAGUCCCCAUCAAACAGUAUGUCUAUGAAUUAAAAAAACAAUUUUGUUGAAUUUGGAGAUUUAGACCUGUUUUGGAUACGUCUGGACAGAGAUUUGUCGAAUCAGUACAUUUUGAACAAGUGCAUUAAAUAUGUUUCUGUGGUUAACACUAAGCAAACUGCAGUUAGACAUAUGAACGUGGUACUGAUCCUCUCUUCUAUUCCUCAGCAAAGAAAGAUAAUAAGAGCAGUUUAACUUUUAAAAUGUUAAACUCCUCCCUUAAAGCUGAGUUGGCUUCGGUCCGAUAGUUUUGAAAUGACCUUGUGACCACUGAUCUCACUUUUACCAGUAAGAAGCAGACACAUUAAUGAGUUAUACUGUGUAGAAUGGGAAUCUGGUCGAUAAUGAAAAGUCUAUAUUUUCUAUUACAUUCAGAUUCUCUGUGUGCACAUAGCACUAUUAAUUGUGAUACAUGUUGUAGGGUGUAAAUAAUCUAAUGCUCUGUAAAAAAACUUUUUGUAAAUAACAUAUUGAAGGAUUAUAUUUGUUUUGUUUACAGUGAACGUCUAUGAAGGUUAUAUAGUAUACUAUCAUUUUUUAUUGGCUCUGUACAAAUUAAAUGAAUAUUUUUUUGUUACUGUCACAUUAUGUACAUUAUAUUUAUUUACAUGCUUCGUGCCUUUGUGAGCAGCUGUUAUCUGAUACUGGUGGUGGAGAUGAUUCUCAACAGGGUAAUAUAAUAACAACGAUAAUAACUGUACAUUUAUGUGGUGAUGAUAAAACUGAUAAAUUACUUUUAAAUGUAUUUACCGUGAUGAGGUGACUGCCAUUUCUGAGCCACUGGCACACGUGUUAUCCAGCUGUUGUCUGCACUGCCACGACUGUGAUUGGAAAAUACUUCAUGAUGUGCCUUUACCUUAAUGCUACAUAUCCAACUGCAACUAAUGAGAUGAGGCCGGCAGAUGGUUGGCUAAUAAAGACUUUACUGUACAGGUA